AUGGAGGACGCAGCUAGGAGCUACCUCGUCGAGCAGACGCAUGCCGUCGUCGUGCCGAGCUACUCCACCUGGUUCGAUAUGAACAAGAUUAAAGACAUCGAGAAGAAGAGUCUGCCCGAAUUCUUCAACAACCGAAAUCGCAGCAAGACUCCGCUGGUGUACAAGGAUUACCGCGACUUCAUGAUCAACACAUACCGCUUGAACCCUACUGAGUACCUCACUGUCACCGCGUGCAGGAGGAAUUUGGCUGGUGACGUUUGCUCGAUCAUGCGGGUUCACGCGUUCUUGGAGCAGUGGGGAUUGAUUAACUACCAGAUUGAUCCCGAGACGAAGCCCUCAAACAUCGGUCCACCAUACACGGGCCACUUCCGGAUCACAGCCGAUACACCCCGAGGACUGCAGCCGUUCCAGCCUCCUCCCGGUGCGAUCCAAACUGUUGGUAAGCCUCAUGCCAGCACCGAGCGUGCCACCAGCGGUACCCCCACCAAAUUUGAGUCAAACUUGGAGCUCCGAAAGAACAUCUACGACUCUGCUGGCAACAAGAUCGCCUCCAUGAACGGUGACGCUAAGGAUGAUGAGCCGGCCGAGAAGAAGACGCAUCACUGCUUCGCCUGUGGUGUGGACUGCACGCGGGUGCGCUACCACAAUAGCCGCAGCCCUCGCAAUGCCAAGCUGAUCGACCUGUGCCCGAACUGCUACCUGGAAGGCCGCUUCCCCCAGAACUCUGCCAGCACCGAGUUUCUGCGGAUGGAGGACCCAGGGUACUCGACAGUGGACCGCGAGGUGCCAUGGACAGACCAGGAGACACUGUUGCUGCUUGAGGGUCUCGAGAUGCACGGCGAGGACUGGAACGCGAUCGCCGAUUACGUCGGCACUCGGACGCGUGAGCAAUGCGUGAUCAGAUUCUUGCAACUACCCAUUGAGGAGAACUUCGUCGAGGAGAAGCCGGAGCAACUGGGACCCUUGCAAUACAACCGCAUGCCCUUCACCCAGGCCGACAACCCCGUCAUGAGCGUCGUGGCGUUCCUGGCUAGCAUGGUUGACCCCAAGGUCGCUGCUGCCGCGGCUAAAAGCUCGAUCGAGGAGAUGACCAAGAACCUCACUCUCCAGGUUUCUUCCUCGCCCAGAAAGGCCGCGGCAAAGGAGACGACCACCUCGCCAACUGCGACCGAAGGUGCAGCGAACAAGGAAGCUUCUGCCACCACCCCCGGGGUUAAGUCCGAGGGCACAGUCGACCCCGACAAUAAUAUGGAUGUCGAUGGCCCAGAAGCCGGCAGAGACGGCCAGCCUGCAGACGAGGAGGAAGACGAGUCGAUCAUCUCCCGGGCUGCCACGAUCGCGUUGGGCGCCUCUGCAGCUCGCGCCGCGGCCCUCGCCUCGCACGAGGAGCGCGAGAUGACCAAGCUGGUGAACGCCGUGGUCAACUGCAACCUCAAGAAGCUCGAGCACAAACUCAACCAAUUCAACGAGCUCGAGCAAGUGCUGCAGGCGGAGCGCCGCGAGAUCGAGAAGGCGCGCCAACAGCUCUUCUUGGAGCGCCUCGCCAUGCGCACACAGUGCUCGCAGGUCCAGGAACAGCUCAAGCGCGCCAUCGCCACCGGCGGCCAGGAGGGGUACAUGAUCGCUGCCGAAGCCGCCAUGAUGGGGAGUCAGGGACAGAAGCUGCAGUUUGAUAACGCGGCCGCCGUCACGAAUGCGGCUGGUAUUCCGCAGGUCGGCGCGAGACCCCCGAGCUUGGAGAACCCGGCGGGAUAUGUGGCGUUCGAGGCUUAG